AUGUCGGAUAAAACCUCGGCUCCCCGAAGCAACCCUAACACUACCUUCCUGAAACUCGAGGUAGACAGUGAAAUUGAAAUCGGAGACUUUACAGAAUUUGAAGGAUCUGGAAUUAUGUCUGGUUCAGGAGCAGAUAACCCGUGUGUAGACAGGUCCUUUGUGGGUCAGACGCUGUACCGGUGUCUCGGGGACUUCAUGAAAGAGGCGUAUGUUGCCAAGAUUGAACAGCGAGAGAUGAAGAGCCAAAAGAAGUGCACGUUAUUUGAAGAGGGCUUCCGAUGUUUUGAGAAGAAAAUCCAAAAAGACUUCGGGGAUCAGUGCACUGCGCAUGAUCGGUAUAAUACUGCAUCCUGGUUCAAGACAGAAAUCUUCACAGAUUUUGGUGUGGACAUACGGGGGUGUCCUUAUCCAGAUAUUCCACCUACCACCAUUUCCCCGACACCGCCAGGUCGCGCAGCGUUUGUGGAUGUCCGCGAAACGUCACAGGUUGCCAUGGUAGCCGGGAUCGUCCUGGGGGUAGCGGUCAUGUCCAUCCUCACCAUGAUUUUCUUCGUUAUCUUCAAAAGGAGGAUUCUGGGAGCCACGGCUCAGUGUCAAGAAAGUCAGCAGGGCAAGCGGAAACCCUUCACAGCUCCACCACCAGGUGGCGCCCUACAACAGCCCUGUAAAAUGAACAUCACGGAUACACGCUCCACUCUUACUGGUCUGAGCUCAGAACACAGCCUCCAUCACACAAGUUAUGAAACAACAUCCGUACCCCGAGCUCCUUCCCAGCACAUUUACACCGAGAUUGACACCAUCAACGAAACUCCCGUGGGUCACAGGGAUGACAACACCAGGGUGGCUCCCGUUGGCUGUUCCACGUUCAUGACUGGAUACGUACCCCCAGAAUUUUCUUACCCGGGACAGGGCGGAUACCACAACCCAGUGAAGGACAUGACGGUUGAGUACGUCGCUUCCGGUGGAUACUAUACCCAUGCGCAUGUUCCAGUAUACCAGUCAACCACAAUCCCUUUGUGAGAAGCUCAUCUUGACGUUGUCGAUUCAUCCCAGUUGUGAUAAACUAUAAUAGUGCCGAAAUCCAAGUGUGUUCGAAUGGUAAUACCAUUUACCACAAACUGAAUAUAUUGAAAAUCUGUGUACAAAACGUUUUACUUGAGAGGCUUCUCUGUAAAUAGGUUAUAACAUGUUGUUAUUUUGUUGACAUACUUAUUUGUUGCUAUUUAUUAUAUAAAUCUAACUCAAUAAAAUAUAAAUAAUCAUA